GCUCAGUCCGGUUAUGACGGUUACUGCAAGUCUUGCUACAAGGAGAAGCAUCCUACUCUGUACCGCCAGAAGCAGGAGAAGAGAAAGGGAUGUUGUCGAUUCUGCGGUGCGCAGCGCGAGCUCAGCGGUGGCAUGUGUAAGCCGUGUUAUCGGUCUCGCAGCUGCCCUGAGUGCACCUGGUGCAACGAGGAAGACGAACCAACGCUGUGCGUGGCCUGCGAGUCACGCGAGAAGCACCCGCAGGCCGCGGGAAAAAGAUGUGCUAUGCCGUGUCCGACGCACACUUCGCCUGAGGAACGCAAUCUCAAGCUGUGCUCCGAGUGCUUUACAUCUCGGAUCCCUUGUUCGCACUGCGCGGCGCCGACUCCUGCUGGCUCUUUGACUCGGUCGAAGUGUAGCAACGACUCUUGCGACGGGUCCGUGGUGUUCUGUAGCGCGUGCUCUGGCAUGUCUAACGGGCAGUCGAAAGCGAAGUGCCAGUCGUGCUGGGCCCAGGACGGUCGGUGCUGCGUGCACUGCGGUCGGGUGCGAGCGCGAACUGCAGUGAUAUAUCGGAGAGCUUGCAGGGCCUGUUUCGCUGCGCGCUCGUGCGCCGUCUGCCACGGUGUGCCGCCGGCGUCGCUGGAGACCCCGCAGUGCGAGAUGUGCGACAACCUCGCUCUGUGGUGUCCUGAGUGCACCACGCCAGGGCAGCGGGCGGCGGGCCUGUGUAAAGCACAUUGGGAUUCCCCCGAGUGCGCAUUCUGUUACAGGACCGAGGACCCCGCCACCAAGGAACCGCUGCAGGUGUCCAUGAUCGAAUGCGGAACAGAGAGCUGCACCAAAGUCGUGAGGACGUGCUCUGUGUGCUCGUCGCAUUUCAAGAAGAGCGCGGCGCUGUGCGACGUGUGCUGGAAGGCAGCUGGCUCCAAGUGCAUCGGAUGCCGUGUCAAACCAGCCCAGAACGCCAGGGUAUAUCAGCACUUUUGCCAGAAAUGCUUCGGGGAGGAGAGGCUCGCAGACCUCGUCCGUGACGAGAGCAGGAAGUUCCUCGCCGACGAGUCGCGGCCGCAGAGGCUCGACGACGACGUCGCCCGAUCCGCACCCGCUUUGCAGGUACUCCUCGCUCUGGCAAAGCCCGAGCCCGGGUCCUUGCCGAAGUACGCGGAGACGCCCGAGUACCUGGACCCGAACCAUUGCCGCUUCUGCAAGCAACCGUGGGGUGACUCCGACGACGACGACAAGCGACGGCACCUGCUCGAGGAGUGCAGGCUUGAUCUCCAUCAACGAGACGGCGAAGACAUUCUCCAGACGUACCGGAGGACAGUGCUGGAACGGGCGCGCGCAGAGGGCCUGGACGCGGUCAGUCCGCAGGUGGGCAGGUUUUGUGUGGCGCAGUACAAGAAUGCGCAGACGGACGAACGAUACGUCCAUGAUGCCUGUGUCGUCUGCUGUCGAAAGACGCCCAAGUGCGACUUGAAUCGAGUUCACAUCCCAUCGUCGAGCAGCGACAAGUGCCCGGAGUGGUUAUCGUGGUCCGAAGAGUUCUGGAAUGAGAACAAGGAGACGUGGUACGAGCAGGUCGACAAGCUCCUCAGCAUUGAACAGUAUUUGAAAAAGUUCUUCAAGGUGUCUGAGCGAGCCCAGGAAGCGCGAGAGAGCGUGGAGGCGUGCAGCCGCGGGGAGCCGCACGAGCUCGGGUUCACGAAGGUGGAGGACGCAAAGAACUGGGUCGACCGCGUGCGCCGGUGGGAAGACAAUCUGAGGAGAGACAUGCGGGAGCACUCCGUUGUCUCUCCAGGUGAUCCGAAUCAUCGGUGGGUAUUGUACAAGUCCGCAGUACGCACGGAUGCGCCCGAGGGCAGCGGCGGAGAUCUUCGCGUGAGCAUGUGCAAGGAGUGCGCCGAAGCAUUGUCGAACACGCACACAGACAGCCGCGGGCGGUGCCGCCCGCGGCUGCGCAUGCCCAGCGAGGCUCUCGCGAAUGGCAUGUGGCGUGGUCCUGACCCGGAAGAGCUGACGAACUUAACGUACACCGAGUGCAAAGUGAUCAACCUGGCGAGGGUGUACGUCAGCGUGAAGCGCGUGUUGUUGGACAGGGCGUCUUUCGCCAGGACGAGUGCCGACGAGGCGCCGCGCUAUCGCCAGAAGAACGUUGUUGCGUACCCGCAGAGCCCCGACGCGGCUCUGACUGCCAUCGGUCUGUCGCCGAUGGCCCUGGCGCACACUCUGAUCGUCCAGUUCGUGGGAAGCCGCGCUGACGGUAUCUGGCAUCAUCCUGACUUGCAAGUUUCCGUGGCGCGACUUCGAGCAGCAUUUCGUUGGUUGUGCUCCAACAGCUGGAACCACAUGGAAGCCACGCGACACCAUGCCGCAUGUGCGGAUUCUGGCUUACUCCACGAGUCGAUCGAGGAGUUGCUGGACGCGUACGCGACGAGCGUUGGUGGAUCCUCGGGCGUUCCGCGCGAGCUCGUCGACUCGGCGACGUCGAUCAGCGGCUCAAGAGCUUCGGUGCAGUCUAAAGGACCAGCUGACUGCACGGAAGAAGGUGAACGCGACACGGAGGAGAACGGGCCCGAGGAGGCGGAAAACGCCGCCGUCGUUAACGGCGGUUUAGCAGACGUCGACUCCCUGCAGCUGUGGACACAGGUUAUCAAAAACUUUAAGGCGGCACAGCGGUUUAAAGAGGAAUUGGCCGCUCUAGACCCCGCCGACUUAUCUGCUCGCGCCGAGAAGAAGAGAAUGCACGGUGUGAGCAUGGCCCAGGCCAUCGAAGACCUGGAGAAGCUGUCGAAGGAGAAGAUGCGAAAACGUUUGGAAGAGUGGGCGCGGUCGGAGACUGACGACAGAGCGCCCUUGAAGAUCACGCACGAGACCACGUUCUUGUCUGCUCGCACGCCGAACUUUUGG